AUGGCCUCAAGAGCCGGUCAUUAUGGUACUUUGCAGUAUCUUCUAGAGAAGGGGGCAGGGCUAGACCUCCAGAAUAACGCUGGGGAUACUGCACUUAUCGAAGCCUCUCGCUGUAGCCACUAUGAGGUUAUACGGCUUCUUUUAGAGAAAGGGGCAGUGCUAGACCUCCAGAAUAACGCUGGGGAUACUGCACUUAUCGAAGCCUCUCGCUUUGGCCACGGCGAGGCUAUGCGGCUUCUUUUAGAGAAAGGGGCAGUGCUAAACCUCCAGAAUAACGCUGGUGAUACUGCACUCCUGAAGGCCUCUCGCUUUGGCUACUAUGAGACUAUCUUUUUAGAUAGAGGGCCAAUGGUAGACCUCCAGGAUAACCUUUGGGGUAUGAAGGUCUCUCGUCCUGGCUACUAUAAGGCUUUACGGCUUCUUUUAGAUGUAGGGGCAGAUCUAGACCACCAGAAUAACGCUGGGGAUACCGCACUUAUCCAGGUCUGUCGCUAUCGCGAAGCGGAGGCUGUAGAGCUUCUUUUAGAGUAUGGUGCCAAUACAUUCCUCGAGAAUUCAGCUGGGGAUACUGCACUUAUAUUAGCCUCUCGAAGAGGGGAUAUAUAUAUUGUGCAAUGUCUCCGUGAUAGAGGAGCAGCACUCUACUAA